AUUUGCAGCAUGCAGGCAUGGACUAAUUCACUUGUCCAGAAGCUGUGAAUGAAAUUAUAAAUGGUAUGACCAGAAGGGACCAUCAUCACCUCUGAGCUUGUCGUGGAAGGAAAAUAUUUGCUGAAGCAGCUGAUGAUGGGACUAGGACACUGACUUGAACGUCUGCACUGACAUCCUAGGAUUAUUGAUUUCCAGCAUCCACAACCAUCUUCCCGAUAAUGAAAUAUUUUUGGAUACUGCGAUUCUUAAGAGGCAGCUAUUAUAGUAAUUCCUAUAAAAUAAAACCAUCUAUUAGAAGACUGCUCACUUCAGGUACAGUAUUGUACGGUAUAGCAAUGAGUAAUAGUCUCGGUGUGGCACCGAUAAUCAAAGCUGAGCCAACAAGGGGGCUUGUGGAUGAACCAGUCAAGCUUGAGAUUGCACAUUUAGUUCCAAACCAGCAGAUUACACUGCACUCGCAGCUUCUGUCUGAGGAUGAUGAUUGGUGGAUGGCGUAUGCCCACUACAUCAGUGAUUCGAAGGGGAUCGUCCGAGUCAGCCAAGAUGAAUCAUUGGGAGGCACCUACAUUGGUCAAGAGUCAAUGGGCUUAAUCUGGAGCAUGAAGCUUGCACCUGAUAAUCGUCCAGCAAUGAGGUUAAGGAAGAAGAAUAUGACCACCCCACUUACAGUAACUGUUUCAGUUUAUUAUGGUUGGAUUUCCAGUAAUUUUGACAAGGCUGUAGUUCUGGCAUCAGUUGUAUUAGAACGCUUUUAUAUGGCCCCAGGCGCCACCAGGUUAGAGUUCAAAGAGGGCCGUGUCGUUGGAACACUAUUCUUUCCACCAGGCCCUGGACCAUUUCCUGCAAUCCUGGACAUGUGGGGUGGUGGAGGAGGUCUAAUGGAAUACCGAGCAGCUCUACUUGCAUCCAGAGGAUAUGCAGUGCUCGCCUUGGCUUAUACAGGACAUAAAGAUGUUCCACCGUCAAAGGAAGUCUUUGAACCAAAACUUUCUUAUUUCGAGGAGGCCUUUGUUGCCUUGAAUAACCAUCCAAAGGUUGCCAAAGGCAAGGUUGCCCUUGUCGGACUUUCACUUGGAGUCACAAUUGCACUCUUAAUGGCAACAGAGCUCACAAAUAUUCAGCCGAAAUGCAUAAUUUGCAUCAGUGGAACUCAUUUAAACAUUAUCUGGAAUGGAAAUGCUGAUUUAAUUGAAGAUGCGAAUGAAGCCACAAGUAAAAUUAGGUUUACAGAAGACGGUGUUAUGAUAUGGAAGUACCUUUCCCUUCCAUUCACGAAUGUUUCAAAGUUAAUUGUGCCGGUUGAUAAAAUCAGAUGCCCCUUAAUGAUUAUCUAUGGUGAAGAUGAUCAAAACUGCCCUGCAGCUGAAUCUGCUGAUGAGAUAAAGAAGAUGAUGAAGGCUGCAGGAAAUGAUCACUUGCUCACAACAAUCUCGUAUCCUCAGACUGGACAUCUAAUUGAGCCUCCAUAUAGUCCACAUUUCAGGAUAACCAAGUUUAAGAUACGUUCAGUAAAUAAAACAGUUAGACUUUUGUGGGGAGGAACAACUAAACCUCAUGCAGAUGCUCAGGAGGAUUCCUGGAAAAAGAUUCUUGCAUAUUUAGAAAAGCAUCUUGUACAUGAACACCCUGCUGUAAUCCAGUCCAAUCUGUAAUUUUCUGCAAAAUUACCAAUCGUGCCUUCAAAAGAAGCAACUUUGUUACCUACCUUUUUUAGGACAGUUAAUUAAUACCUGGGGAUGGAUGAUAAUGCUGUGAAUGGAAGGGGACGUUUCGAGCCUUUCAGCCCUAUAAUCAAACGUUUUUUUUAAAAAGAGAUAAGAAUAAAAGCAUUAAAGAUUUAUGAUUUUUUUUCCAAAAGGCUGUUGUUAUUUGGCCAUUGAGAAUAUUUGUUGCUAACUGUAAUGUUAUAACACUAUAUUCUGUACUCUAGCAUUUCUCUCUUUGCAUUACCUGUUGCACAUGUAUAUGGGUUGAUUGUCCUCAUGUAUAGUAUGAUUUAAAUGUAUUGCACACAAACAAAGUUUUUCACUAUUUCUCAGAACAAAUUAUAAUAAUAAACCAAUAUAUUCAUGGGUCAGAUCAAAAUAAUUUUGUUUCAUAGGAUGUUGCUCGGGAAAGUACACAUUUUUGAGAUCAUGGGGAAAGUGGCAAGCUUGGUAAACAUUUAACUCUAGUUUCAAUGAAUAAAGACUACUUGCCUGUAAUAUUCCGCAGGGAUUGGUGCCACUGAAUUUAAAAAAAGAAGUGAUUUAGACUAAAAUGUUGAAGCCACUGUAGAUAAGAAAAAUUGGUUGCAUUGGAAUAUGAGUGAGAAACAUGCAGUGGAACAGAUGCUCAUGCUGCAUUUAAAAUUGUAACAAUUUAUAGCAUAUCUGCUGCUCUUAAGUGAUAUGGUGCCUUUAUACCUAUUAAAGUAGGUGAUUUGUCUUCCCAAAAUGUAUGUCUUCUUAUCAGAAUAUCCAAUUUAUUUAAUUAUCUUGUAUACUGUGGAAUUAUGCUUUGAAUAAAUUACUACUCAAAAUCA